AUGUCCGAUGCCGCGACAGCUCAGCCAGAGUCGGCUACACAGGACUCAACAGAAUCGACAGACGCGGCUUACCCUCCUCGAGUCUGUCGGAUCUGUCUAGAAUCUGUCCUGCCUACCUUCCAGCCCUCGGAAUUCCUCCAGAGACCUCGCGUUGUUUAUGAAUCAGAAGAGUCCGGUCGUCUGCUCCGCCCCUGCCGAUGCAAAGGCUCCUCGCGAUAUGUGCACGAGAACUGCCUGCAGAUAUGGCGGCACGCAGACCCCCGAUACGGCGCGAGGAACUACUGGCAGUGCCCGACCUGCGGCUUUCAGUAUCGGCUACAACGUCUGACCUGGGCGAGGUGGAUCAGUAGUGCUGGCACACAGCUCCUCCUCACCAUCGCCAUUUUGCUUUUUACAGUUUUCAUUCUUGGUUUUGUUGCUGACCCCAUCCUUGAUUUGUACCUCGGCCCUCUCGACGAUGUUUACGCAGAGUUGGAAGACGAGCUUACUGAAGAAGCUUCGUGGAUUGCCCAUCUCGUCAAGGGACUGGCCUCUCUCGGUUUAUUGUCCUUUGUGAGGUCCCUAUGGGUCUUUUCUCCGUUCUGGGGCCCGCGCUCGGGGAUCAUGGCUGGCCGCACCACAGGACGAGACCGGGCCCGGUCCCUCAACUGGCUGGUCAUCGUCGUCGGCGUGGGUACUUUUCUCUGGGCUGUUUACAAAGGUGUACGGUCCUGGAGUAGACGAACACUAGAAAAAGCGGGCGAGAGAGUGAUGGAUGUCCCUCUGCCAGAGGAUGAGGAUAUGAAAACUGAAUGA